AUUUGAGCUUUUUUUGUGACCAAAAAUAUAUCUCACGCGUGCAAACACAAUUGUGAAGGCACGCAAGGAGUGCGGUAGCAACGUGAUCUUCACCUGACAUAUCUUGAAGAAGAGGAGGACCGUGUGUGUCCGAAAAGAUAGCAUUGCUCCAGAAAGGGUGCACGUUUGAAGUGAAUCUUCAAGCCGUCUGCCUGCCCAGCAGGAGACAACCAGUACAGUGGUGGUGUACCCGUGCAGGGGCUGAACAGCCACCAUGUCAGGCAUGGCGGAGUACCGUCGCCAGAAGGAGCUUGAGGAGGCGCGUAAGGCUGGUAUCGCGCCGGCAGCUGUGGAUGAAGAGGGGAAAGAAAUCAAUCCUCAUAUUCCCCAGUAUAUGUCCAGUGCGCCCUGGUACUUGAACAACGACCAGCCAUCGCUGAAGCAUCAGAAGGAUUGGCGCACGCAUGCCAAGGACGAGGUCGGCAAAUUCUAUGACCGCGGUGCCAAGGUCUUCCAGGCCAAAAAGUUCCGCAAGGGCGCAUGCGAAAACUGCGGGGCAAUGUCGCACAAGACCAAGGACUGCAUGGAGCGGCCGCGCAGCAAGGGCGCGAAGUGGACCAGCAAGCACAUCGCGGCGGACGAGAAGGUGGAGGACAUCUCGCUGGAGACGUACGAGGCGCGCCGCGACCGCUGGAAUGGCUAUGACGCCUCUGAGUACACCCGCGUCAUGGACAGGUAUGAGAAGGUGGAGGAGGCGAAGCGGGCGAUGCGCAAGAAGGCAGAGCUGGAGAAGCGGUUUGGCAACGGCGAGGCGGCCGGCAGCAGCAGUGAGGAGGAGGAGGAUGACGACCGCGAGGACGAGGACAAGAUCACCGAGCAGGAGGAGGCUGGGUUUGGCAAGGUGGAGAAGCGGGUGCGGACAACAGCGGGCGGCGCGUCGGGGUCGGUGCGCAACCUGCGCAUCCGCGAGGACACGGCCAAGUACUUGUUGAACCUGGACGCCAACAGCGCGCACUACGACCCCAAGUCGCGCUCCAUGCGCGAGGACCCGCUGCCCUUCAAGGACGCCUCCCAGAAGGCCUUCCAGGGCGACAACUUUGUGCGCCGCUCUGGUGACUACUACGACAUGGAGGCCCUGGCCGUGCAUUCCUUCUCCGCGCACGACAAGGGCCAGGACAUCCACAUGCAGGCCGCCCCCAGCCAGGCGGAGGCGCUGUUCCAGCAGUUCAAGGCGAAGAAGGAGGUGCUGCAGGGGAAGAGCAAGGAGCAGGUCAUGGCCAAGUACGGCAGCGCCGCCAAGCAGCCCGACGACGAAGUGCUCGCGCUCGCGCAGAGCGAGAACUACGUCGAGUACAAUGCACAGGGGCGGGUGAUCAAGGGGGAGGCUGGCAUCAGGCGCUCGCGCUACGUGGAGGACGAACUCAUCAACAAUCACACAUCGGUGUGGGGAAGCUGGUGGUCGAGCGGGCAGUGGGGCUAUGCCUGCUGUCAUCAGUGCGUGAAGAACAGCUACUGCACGGGCGCGGCAGGCCACGAUGCGGCCGCAGAGGCUGUCGCGCAGAUGGAGGCCAACCUCAUCAGCCGCGCCGCCGACAACGCGGCCGCCGCUCGCUCUUCUGCAGCGGUACGGCCCCCCCAUCCAAAAUGUGCAGGCUGCAGUAAGCUGAAGGCGGCGCUGAAGAGGGAGCGUGCAGCUCAGGCUGCAGCAGUGGAGAAGGAUGAGAGGAAACGCAAGUACAACUCGCUGGCGGGCGGCGAGGAGGUGACUGCAGAGGAGAUGGAGGCAUACAGGAUGACCAGGGCGCGCGCAGAUGACCCCAUGGCCAAGCUGCUGACCACCGCAGACGACGACUGA